AUGGCUUCUCCUACUUCUUUCUCGUUAAAGAUCCCCUGCUCUUCUGCCAAUAUCGGCCCCGGUUUUGACGUGAUUGGCCUGGCGUUGUCCCUUCACCUCGAACUUCAAGUCACCAUUGAUACCUCCAAGGCACCUUCCCAACAACCACUUAACUGUGUGGUCACCUACGAGGACCGAAGCAACAGCACCGAAAAGAUUGACUUGGAUCCUGAAGUGAAUCUGAUAACCCGUGUAGCUCUAUAUGUACUUAGAUGCCAUGACCAGAGGGCAUUUCCCGCGGAGACCCAUGUGCAUAUUGUAAACCCAAUUCCUCUGGGCCGGGGUCUCGGCUCAUCCGGCACUGCAGUUGUGGCCGGGGUAAUGUUGGGAAAUGAAGUAGGCCGCCUGGGUCUGAGCAAGGACCGGAUGCUGGAUUAUUGUUUGAUGAUCGAACGACACCCAGACAAUGUUGCUGCUUCGCUCUUUGGAGGCUUCGUCGGAACCUACCUCAACGAACUCAAGCCCGAGGACGUAGCACGCAAGGAGAUCCCCCUCAGUGAAGUCCUGCCCGCCCCCGCCGGUGGAGUUGAUACCGGAAAGAGGCCCCCGGAGCCUCCCCUUGGAAUCGGCCACUACAGGAAGUUUCAGUGGGCCAAGGAAAUCAAGGCCAUCGCCAUCAUUCCCAACUUCGUGGUGCCAACCGCCAAUGCUAGAAGUGUCUUGCCAACUUCUUACUCGAGAGCGGAUGUGGUCUACAACCUCCAACGCGCUGCUUUGCUCCCUGCCGCCUUGGGCAGCUCUCCCCCGGAUCCGGAUAUGAUCUAUCUGGCGAUGCAAGACAAGGUCCACCAGCCGUAUCGCCAAACUCUCAUUCCGGGCCUGACGGAGAUACUUCAGUCAAUGAACCCUCGUACACAGCCUGGUCUUUUGGGAAUCUGCCUUUCUGGUGCGGGUCCAACUAUUUUGGCUCUGGCAACUGAAAAGUUUGAGGAAAUCGCAGAUCGUAUCAUUGCUCGGUUCGCCUCCAACAAUAUCAGUUGUCAAUGGAAGUUGCUCGAGCCUGCUCAAGCGGGUGCCACGGUCCAAUACUGA